CCGCUGGAUCCUCCACGGAGCUCCAGACACCGCUAUCCGGCCCGCCGCCCGCCACAGACCCGCCGGUACUCCGCGCCGGCCGCAGUGCCCCCUUCGAGAGGGCUCUGGCUAUGUAGGCACCUGCCGCUGCUCUCGAGGUCCGUGUCGUUCUUCGGAAACGUCUCUUGCUGCCGGACUCUGUGCAGGGCUGCUGUCUCGGUCUCGGAGGGAACACCCCUCAUCUAUCCUUCAAUCCUGGCGCAGGCGUUCAGAAGAUUCUUCCACAGAGAUGGGGGCAGCUCAAGAAUGGACUCUUCAAGACCCGCCUUGACAACAAGUCAAGUUCGAGAACUUAAAGCAGCGUUCUCCAUGCUAGACAAAAACAAAGAUGGCCGAGUGAACGAGAUGGAAAUCAAAUGCAUGCUGGACAAGCUGGGAAUUGUCCUAGCAGACACCAUGGUUGGAAAACUCAUUGAUCAAGCAAGCAAACGAGGCGAUAAGUUGCUGAGUGAGGACGAGUUUCUAGCGUGGAUGGCUCGACAAAGUGUGCAAGAAGACGUAAUGGCUGAUCUGAUGGCAGCUUUCAGAGUGUUCGACAAAGAUCGAAACGGAUAUAUAACAAGAGAUGAACUAAGAACUGCUAUGGAAAUGAUUGGCGAGCCCAUGUCCGAAGAACAGCUGGACUUAAUGAUCAGAGCAACUGAUACUGACAAUGAUGGAAAAAUAAACUAUGAAGAAUUUGUCCAUAUGCUGUUGUGAUUCACUGUUUUGAAGAACAUUCACCCUACAACCAUAAUCCAUAUUUCUGAUGUUUCAGCAUGUCUCGUGAUUCCUCGCUAGCCAUGUAAAUGAAUGUUGUGCGUGGACUUAAGCAUUUGGUGGAGGAAUGUAUUGUAUUAUAUUAAGUUUGAAUUCUUAGGUGUAUAUAUGAACAUCUAAAUCCUCUAUGUAUACUCUUUUAAAUUAUAAA